UAAGUAUACUAAUCAUGUAUUAUAUUGUCGACUGUACAGUGAUCUGUUCAUUUAGUGGAGUUACAUGUUUAGUUUACCAUAGUUUAAGAUUUCAAGCAUAUGCUUAAGAUUUCAUGUAGUGAGUGUUAUCGUUAAAGAUUAGUGUCAUAUCAUAACGUUUUUAAAAGGUGUUGUUUCUAGAGUGUAAAUCUGAAUACUUAUUUAUUUAUUUAACUUCAUGCCAUUUACACUAGGAUUGUAAUAUACAUAUACUGGGAUUAACCCUCUCUUUGGAAUAUAAUCGUUUUUAUUGGCUUGGCGUUUGACGUUGUCUACGUUUGAUUACAUCCUUUCCAACGUGAUGGAGCGAUGGGCUGAACUCAAUUGGCCCAAAAUCGAGACAGACUCCGAAACAGACAGCCCUAGAAGGGAAACAAGGUUGAACUGGACAUCGGAAAACACGAGGAAGUUGAUCGAGAUCAUGGAGAGGGAUUGCAAAGAGUUGUGGGACGUAAAAAAUCCAUUGAACAAAGAUAGGAACGCACGGCAUGAGAAGCAUGAGUACUUAGCUGAUUAUUUUGGGACUACGUCGGAGGAGAUAAGUAGGAAGAUACACAAUUUGAGGACGCAGUUUAAUAAUGAGUUGCGGAAGAUAAAGCGGAGGCAGACGGCGGGGUGCGGGGAGGGUAGCGGGGCAGGCAGCGGUUGGGAACAUUUCGAAGCGCUCUCCUUCCUGCUGCGAGCGCCCUUUGGCGACCCGCUCGACAUCGACGGGGUCAACUUAGAGUUAGCAGAGUUUCAAGCACACGAAGAAGAGGAAUUCGGAGCAGUGGCGAGAUCACAGAGUUCACAGUUGCUCUCUUUAGAGCCAGUUCGGAGUAGACACUGCGUAGCGACGUCAGCCCCACCCCCAUUGCCUCCUAGUGCCCAUCCCAUGAUGUGGCCAGAGGAAGCCGUACCCAGGCUCAGGCCUGGAGCCAAUGCUGAUGAAUGCCAAAUAUUCGGCGACUUCGUAGCUUCAGAGCUGCGUACCCUGAGAUCCGACGAGUCGCGAAAGCGACUCAAGCGCAUGAUACAGAAGGCAAUACUUCAAAUUGGAGAAGAGGAAGACAUCAAUGUCAUAAAUGGAUAACAAUAUCGUCGAGUCUGCCAUGUCGCAUUAAUUUAGAUCGUAAAACCAUCUCAUUGGCCAGAAAGUUUGAGAACAAAUAGUAUUUGUGAGAUUUUUUUUUUGGAGUUUACUAAUCAGGAUUUGUGGCCGCAUUAUGGAGUGACUUAUGGCUUUGCCUAUCCCGGAGGAUUUGCUAACAUAAAUUGAGAGGUUUUGUCAACGCAUAAAUUACAGUCGUGGUCUUGGUUCAGUCAAUUACCUAUUU